UGCUUACUGUGGAUGGCCACGUAGGGUAAUGCAGGAAAUAAUUUUCCAAAACCAAGGGCGACUAAACCGGAGGAGCGUUUUACCAAAAAUGAAAAACGGGGGGUCCAAAGCAUUUGCCAAACCAUCAGUACCGUUGCUCCUCUGGUGAUGAUCUCCUUAGACGACGACGACGACUCGAUAAAACCACGCCUCGCUCUCUUUCUCUUCGGCUCCACCAGGAUUCUUCUUCGCGUCCGGCUCCCGAGUUAAGAAAUGGGGCAGGCUUUAUGUUGCUUACAAGUUGAGCAGUCAACUGUAGCUAUCAAAGAAACUUUUGGUAGGUUCACUGAUGUGCUUGAUCCCGGAUGCCACUUCUUGCCAUGGUGUCUAGGGCAGCAGAUUGCUGGCUAUCUCUCAUUGCGUGUGCAGCAACUUGAUGUUCGUUGUGAAACAAAGACAAAGGAUAAUGUGUUUGUUACUGUUGUUGCAUCUAUACAAUACCGUGCUCUUGCUGAUAAGGCAUCUGAUGCUUUCUAUAGACUUAGCAACACAAGGGAACAGAUUCAAUCCUAUGUUUUUGAUGUCAUCAGGGCGAGUGUUCCAAAGCUGAACUUAGAUGAUGUAUUCGAACAGAAGAAUGAUAUUGCGAAAGCUGUGGAAGAUGAACUUGAAAAGGCAAUGUCAAUGUAUGGAUAUGAGAUAGUUCAAACACUCAUUGUGGAUAUUGAGCCUGACGAGCAUGUUAAGAGGGCAAUGAACGAGAUCAAUGCAGCUGCCAGGCUGAGGGUGGCAGCAAAUGAAAAGGCUGAAGCUGAGAAAAUACUGCAGAUCAAGCGUGCUGAAGGAGAUGCAGAAUCCAAGUACUUAGCGGGGCUUGGUAUAGCACGCCAACGCCAGGCCAUUGUGGAUGGGCUGAGGGACAGCGUGCUUGCCUUCUCUGUAAAUGUACCUGGGACCACAGCCAAGGAUGUCAUGGAUAUGGUGCUGGUGACACAGUACUUUGACACCAUGAAAGAGAUUGGAGCAUCCUCAAAGGCCUCUUCUGUGUUCAUCCCUCAUGGGCCUGGGGCUGUGAGGGACAUUGCUGCACAAAUAAGGGAUGGCCUCCUCCAAGCUAGCACCACUCAGCAGUAGGACCAAAUGGAGGCUAGUUUCGUGGGGAUGGAUUAGCAGUUUAAAACGGUUGAUUGUUUCUUUUCUUCUAAAGUGCUUUAAUUUGGUGCCGGUAUUUGGAAGAUGAAGCAGAAUACAAAACAUAAGGUGUGAUAUAUAUUCUUUUUAUUGUUUUGUGCAUCUCGUGAGCAUGUUGUACGUGAUUUGCUGAACUAGCUAUUUUCAUGAUACUGUUUAUGAGUGCAUGGUUAAGGCAGCAAUGAUGGAGAUGACUGUUAUUAUUAUUGUAAUUUCUUAUGUUUUGAACUUGUUUGGUUGCUGUUGUUUGUUGAUUUUGCUGAAGCUAAUAAAUUCCUUUGAUGUUAUUUAAA